UCGAAUGCGAAUGAAGCAAAUGCCAGUACGGAAGCAAAAGACAAGCGUGCCUCUUCGCUAAUAAGACAAGCAACUUUCGAUCAGCCUGCAACUACACAAUACCUAUAUCAACCGUCGAAACCGAGCGGCCCCUUCGGCCUUGAUCCCGAUGUUAUAUCCGAAAUAGAAAAGGGUUGGGUGCGUGUCGAUCAAAUGCAAUCGGUGGAAGUGCCGCGUGUCGAUGUGUCAUUGCUCUACGAACCCAUCAAGGUCAUACCGACCCGCGACGGUGUACAAUAUCCGCAGGAGAAAUUCGAGCAACUUAUUUCGCGUUCGCACUAUAUGCAACAGGCAGUGCACAAUACACCGCCACCACCAUCGGCUGCGUCGAGCGGCGGUAUUGGAUCGCCUUACAUGAGUCCACAACAGCAUUUGCAUCAUCAGCAGCAGUUGAAUGCGGCCGUUUAUGGUAGUGGUGGUGGCGGUGGUGGCGGUGUCAGUUGUGGCAGCAGUGGCACGAACAUUGUUGAUGUUCUACCCAAACAUGAUCCUCAACUUAUUAAAAUGAUCAAAGCAAUCAGCAGCGCUGACACCUUAAAAGCACGUGCUGCGAUUAGUGAACUUGCUGAAAUAAUUGAUUCACCCGAGAAGCAGGCUGUACUACGCGACUAUGAGGAGAUUUUCAUACAAAAUGUGCUCGCACAGUUCAAGAAUCUAUCACAGGUACCCAUCACCGAAUCGCUGGUCGUCUAUCAACCGCUACUCUCCAUACUCUACUCAUUUUUCCACUCCAAGACAUUAGGUAAAACGUUGAGCGUUGCCUGCAUCAAAAAUUUAAUGUCUGCGCUGCUGAAUCUUAUGGCCGAUCAAAAGCUGAAUACAGGCGACGAUGGUCAAUACAAUAAAGUCAUCAAUGGCAUUUGCUUGAAGGUGUUGGAUAAAGCGAAUUUUACGAAUUUAAAUUGCGCGCUAAUACGCCUUUUGCGCGAAACCUGUCCGGAGGCUGGCUUGCCAAAAUUCACCGAUCUGCUAAUGAAAUGCAUUUGGCGUAAUGUUAAAAUGUUGCCUGAACGCACCAAUGAACUGAACUAUGACGCUGUCAUAUUAGAAGUGCACGAAUUUAUGUUGGCUUUACCGAGUAGUUGGUGGCAAACGCGUCCAUCGGACACGCCAUUACGUACCGUCAAAACGAUUAUUCAUAAUAUGGCCAAAGUGAAGGGCAAUGCCAUACUGAAUCAUCUCAAUCAGAUACCAACACAUUCAGAGUUGCAUACAUACUUGAUAAAGAUAUUGAAGAAUUUGGCCAAAGAGGGUCACAUACCGAGCGCUUCACCACAACGUUCUGGCUCGGCUAAGGACGUGCAUGGCAAGCGCAUCUCUAAUCAAACGCAUGAAACAAUGUCACAGAUAUUCAAAUUAAUCUCAGAUAAGGAAACAAAGCAGCAGGGUCUGCUGAAACUCUAUGAAUUUAAGGUACAAAAUCCCGAUAUUGAUUUGACGACGUUCCUUAAAGGCGCCAGCCCCAGCUUUCAGAAAUACAUCGAAGAUGGUUUAGCUGAAAUUGAACGUGCUGUAGCCCAAUCUGGCGGUGCGGGCGAUGGUUUGCAGUGCACGCAAAAUGGUGAUAAUCGUAUAG